AUGAGUGUCUCAUCUACCACGUUGCCUGAAAUUCGCGGAAACGCCGGGCGACGGAGUACGGCUUGUCAACGUUGCCACAAGCAAAAAGUGAAAUGCUCCAGAGAACGGCCUUGUCGAAACUGUCAAUCCGCUCAGGUUGACUGUGUUUACGCCGGCCGCGAUAAGCUGCUUACUGUUCCCGAGAGCUAUCUACGAAGUCUAGAGGCUGACCGGGGAAGGCUCCGAAAUAGCCCUCAGCUAAGCUCUCACGCCGUGGUUGAAGAUAAGGGCACCAUUACAUCAGAUCAUCGCAAGGAUGGGAUGGUACACCAUACAGUUGAGAACUCAGCAGCUGAAGCAUUUCUGGCAAAGGUCAAUCAGCUGAGGCACGAUACGACCUUCUCUGCCACUUCUGAUCCUUCUCCAGUUGAGCAAUGGGUUGCUAACGACAGCGCAAAAUCUUCACUUCUCUCAUCUAGCUAUGAUUACUGCAAUCUGAAAUUCGAUACAUCGCACUCUCCCAUCUCUCUCAACUUACCGCCAUAUCCUUAUGCAAAUCACCUACUUGAGGAGAUGGAAAUAUACAUGGGCCAUGAUUACCAUUGGCUCCUGAGACGAAGGUUCAAGGAGCGAAUGGACAUGACCUACAAGACUUCGGGAUCGCCUGAAUCAAGGGACCGGCUGUGGCUGUGUCGACUGCUGAUAGUCUUCGCGCUUGGAGAGACUUUUGUUAGCUACCAUACUCCAGUCAUUCACCUGGGUCCGACUGCGAACCAACCGUAUGGUCAAGACCUUCAGCCAGAACAACCUGCGGCGACAACGCCCCCGCCUCCUGGUACCACCUUCUUUGAGCAGGCACUGACGUUUUAUUCAUACUCGCUCAACCGAAAAAAGGCCGCGUACAUGUAUGCUGGCAUGAGCGCCAGAAUGUGUAACCUGCUUGGACUUCAUCAACCACCACCACAGACAUACUCCGAAUUGGACAAGGAACACCGCAAACGCGUUUGCUGGACUUCCUACUGUCUGGAUAAAAUGACAAGCAGUGAGCUGGGCUUACUACCAUCGUUCCAGCCCAGCCAAAUAAAAUUGGACUACCCGAGUGAUCAACAGCUUGAGCCAGGAGAUGCCGAUCAGUUCUUCGAAGCAGAUUUCCUGCGUGCGAUCCAACUUACUUUUAUGAAGGCAGAAGCUGACAUCUUUAUUGACCUUUGGCAGUCUAUCAGAGAUGACAUCCCUGACGGCGAGCGACGGGUGCGGCCAAUCUUGUUGAAGUUGGAGAAUUGGUUGCACGAAUUACCUGCAUCAAUGAAGUUCGAUUGUGAAGUCGGUAUGCCGAAUGCCAUGGCACAAGCGACAAGUAUGCGCUCGCUGGCUUCUUUAUAUUUACGGUGGCAGCAGUGUUUCAUUCUUUUGCUCCGGCCUUUCUUCCUCAAGCAGAUUACCUACAUCGUUUCUGAUGAACUGAGUGAGCCUUUCCAGGACCACAACCUCAAAGUUCUUAGCGACACAUGUAUCCGUGCCGCUCGGUCAAACCUUUCUAUCGAGAUUGGUCUUUGGCAACGUGAGAGAAUUGCCAAAUUUGGGUUCUGGGAUAGCUUGCAUCUUUUCUCGAGCUUGACCAUAUUCUCUUUGGCAAUGUCGGUUAACAGAAGGAUACCCGGCAGUUUUGGCGAGAAGGACACUGAUCCAAUGACCUACUCUACAGCAAAAGAUCUUCUACACGACCUAGUAAAAGCUGGCAAUCUAGCAAGCAAAGGACACGAGAAAAUGUUACGAGAUGUAGAAGCUCUAGGAGAAGUACUGGGGUCAAUGCAAACGAACGCAUCUGAUUUUAUGGUUGAACAAUGGGACAUGGACAAUUGGAUGGCCCAGGUGCUAAGCAUGGAUUCUACCUCGUUACCAUUCUAUGAAUUUGAAGAGGGAUAA